GAUCGACCGAGGUCUCUCUCUCCGCCCCUCUUCCUUUCCGCUGCCUCGUGCCAUGCUGCUACGGCUCCUCCUCUAGCUACUUCUCCUUGCGUGCCUGCCUACCUAAUACUCUCUCUCUCUCUCUUCGUCAUCUUCUUCCUCCGAUCUCCUGUGGCCAAAGGUACGUGCCUCGCGCGUGCCGACGUCGUGCGUGCCGCGCGCGCGUCUCGGUCUCUCCGACGUUCUAGCGAGCGGAGAGAGAGAGAGAGAGACGGGGGUGGCGCCGGGCCGGGCCGGGCCGGCCGGGUGGAUGGAAUGAACCGGCGGCAGCCCGGAUGGUCCCGGCUCGGAACCUGCAGCUCCUCCGCGACGCGCAUGGCACGCCUUUCAUCCGCGACGUCGCCGCCGGCGUCAACGCUCUGACGGCACAGCCGACGCCGAGGCCGAGCCACCACAUGGCCCAGGAGCCCAUUAACCAGGACCCGUCAAAGCCGCCGCCGCCGCAGGAGAGGCAGGAAGUGCACCAGGAGGAGCGACGCGGGGAGGCGCUAGUAGUGUUGCCGCCCCAUCCCGCCGGCACAAGCGGCAGCAGCAGUGGCGGCAGCAGCAGCAACGGAGGCGGCGGCGCCGGGGGAGGGGACUGGUUGCGCCUCGGCCUCGGCCCGGCGUCCCCGGGCCCCAGUGGCGCAGCGCCCGACAUCGAUCUCUUUGCGGCGGACCGCGCGGGGACGGCGGGGCCGCGGCAGGAGACGCUCCCGGGCAUGGACGUGCCGCCCGGAGCCUUCCUGCGCCCCGCCAUGCCCGGCAUUCCGCAGGCGUCGUUACAAAUGUCUGUGCCGCGCGCUGGGCCACCUUGGCUGCCGCCUUGGAGCCACGCGGCGCAACAACCGCAGCUGCUUCUCCCGUUCGGACACCGCGGGCUCUACGGCCCUGGCUCGCCGGCCGCGGGCCCCUCCGGCUUCGACACGACCAGGGUUGUGCUGCCUCCACCGGCGGCCACCGCCGCCGCCGCCGCCGGAGUCUGGUUCGUCUUCCAGGCCGCGCCCCACCAAGGGAGGGAACCGUUCUUGCCUCAGAUUCCAAGAAGCUACUUAAGAAUCAAAGAUGGGAGGGUGACAGUUAGAUUGUUGAUCAAGUACCUGGCUAACAAGCUCGGAUUGGAAGACGAAUCAGAGGUGGAGAUUACAUGCCGAGGGCGACCGCUCCUCCCGUUCAUGACCCUUCAGCAUGUCCGCGACAGCAUCUGGUGCCAGAGAGACGCCGUGUCGACAUCGGUUGCACCAGACACGUCAACCGCUAACCACAUUAUGGUUUUGCAGUAUGGCAGAAGGCCGUAGUAGACAGUCCCCCCUCACUUCUGAUGUCACUCAGAAAAAUGUAGAUUCUACCCCCUCUUUUAACCAUUUUCCGGCACGGCACGACAGGCGGCAUGACGGACGACAAUUCCUGACCGCCUGGCCUCGGAGGCUGCUGAUGAUCUAUCUAUUGAUGAACCACAGAAGAGAAGGUGUGGAAUGGAGCUUUUUUUUACCCCUGACAAACGGCGCGGUUAUUCAUCGGCACACCAGACCAGAGGCUUUUUUUCUUGGCCACCCCUUUUGUAUACAGGCUAUGUUUUCUCCAGCGAAUCACUAGAGAAAACAGCUUGGAAGCUGCCUGACAUGAUUAGAUCAAAUCAAACUGUGAGAGGAAGGGAUUUGACUCAAGAGUGCACUUCCAAGCCAUUGUGGCCUUCGCUUCACCGGAUUUACUAAUUUGAGGUUCCAGCUGUCACAUUUAGUUCUCCGCUGCCUGCUUCCUUUCUUCGUGUUGGAAGCAGCCAAUGUUGCCCUUACUACACCGGGCAUUUUUUUUUGUUUGUCCGCGACUUGUCCAUUGAAGAUCUUACUUUUCUUUUGUUCAGUGGUUUGUGCCACACAGCUAAUUUAGUUUCUAACAUCUUUCACUUGAGCCUCCUAUUGUAUCAAGCCCAUAAAACUGUACUACCGAGCAUUAUUUAUCUCUGUUCUGAUGACA